CUAUAACGUGCACUGGUACUCCUACGCGCCUCUGAUCGUUCAUUCAGCACCACAGCAACCGAACAGCGACCACGGUGUGCACGCCAGCAACGGAGAUGGGAACGCUUGGUUUUUCAAAAAGCCGUAUAGCAGUCGUUUUGUCAGGAAAUAUUAUUCCGUUUUAUCCAAUUUCAUCUGGACGCCUCGCGUGUUAAUCUGUGGACGCCUGUUUACUGAAGGAAUAUACGCUGUAACGGAACGUCAAAUGUGAUUUGAUCAAGAGCAACACUUCCGUGUCUAACAUACUUUUUCUUGUGGUUCCUGUUCGGUCGUCAAUCAUGAAAUACUUUGAGAUUGUUUGUUGUUCCGAAAGCGCAAACAGCGAUCGAGGAAAUCAGAAUCGCGACCACCUCUUGUCGAGGCGAGCGGUCCGCCACACCUGACUGUUUUUCUGCCUCCGGUUGUGACAUGAAAACUCGGACCAGAAAGAAACGGAUGAAAGGGCGAAGAGCUGCAAAAGGCCAUGUGGAUUUGAAAGGGAACACAUCGGAUUGAAGCGGGAGCCCAGAACAAACCCGAAGUCCAAACGCGACUGACAAUCACAGGCAUGGGGACACCAAAGAUCAAGAUAUGGUCGGAGGUCUUGCAACCUGUUGUUGAUCCUGAGUAACUAGACAGAGAUUUGAUGUUGAUUGUAUCUCAAUGGCAAUGAACUGAGAGAAACUCACGUGUUUUUGACUCAUUUAUGUCUUUUUUUGAUUCUAACACAUUCGUUAAUUUGAGAAGUAGCUAUAUUGACCGCCUGGACUGGGCAUGAGCUUAGAUUGACGCGUUCUUUCGGGAAGAUAAAACUAUUUUUAUUUAAAAGAAGAAAAAAAAAAACACACACACGUCUUGGUUGGCUGGUUCUGACCCUCUCCAGCCAUGGGUUGCCUUCAGAGCGUGGCCUGUAAACCCCGAAUUAAACGCGAGAACAUCGUUGUUUACGACGUCUCUGCUACUAUUGACCACUGCCCGACGGUGAUCGAGGAGAAUUCACCCAUAGUGCUCCGCUACAAAACUCCGUAUUUCAAGGCCUCCGCCCGGAUAGUGAUGCCGCCGAUUCCUCGGAACGAGGCUUGGGUGGUGGGUUGGAUUCAGGCGUGCACUCAAAUGGAAUUCUACAAUACUUAUGGAGACCUCGGCAUGUCAAGCUGGGAGCUGCCAGAGUUACGAGAAGGACUGGUGAAGGCCAUCAGCGACUCGGACGGUGUGAGUUACCCGUGGUACGGAAACACAACCGAAACUGUGACCCUCUCCGGCCCCACGUCCAAACCUUCACGCUUCACUGUCAGCAUGAACGAUAACUUUUACCCCAGCGUAACAUGGGCCGUACCCGUGAGCGAGAGCAAUGUACCUUUGCUCACGCGGAUCAAACGCGACCAGAGCUUCACCACUUGGCUGGUGGCUUUGAACAUGGCCACACAGGAGAAGAUCCUCCUGCAGACAGUGAAGUGGAGGAUGAAAGUGGACAUUGCUGUGGACCCCUCCAAGCCGCUGGGCUCUCGAGCAAGGCUCACCGGCCGGGUGCACCAGGACCAGCCCAAGGUGUUGACUCAUAUGGAGCUUAUUCCCCCUAACGCUCUGGGUAAACCCAAUGCUAAUGAUGCACAAGUGCUAAUGUGGAGGCCCAAGCGAGGACCACCAUUAGUGGUGAUUCCUUCUAAGUAGCAGGUUGUGGGAAAACUUGAAGGUUUUUAAUCAAAAUAGUCAAUUUGCCUUAAAUCCACACUGCUGCCUUUAAAGAGAUGCUUGGUUCUGGAAUGGCCCUGGAGACACUUAAAGGGACAGUUCAUUCAAAAAACUCUCCCUCAUGGCACUUGAAACCUGUACGACUGUUGUUCCUUCUGUGUAACACAAGAAGAUAUUUUGUCCAUCCAGCGAAACAAAACAUUGGGCCUCACUGGCUUUAAUUGUGCAGAUUAAAAAAACAACAACACUGAGACAUUUUUAA